AUGGUGACCCGUAGAGUGGCGGACAAAGUCGGUGUUGCUCUUGAGGAGGAGCUGAAGAUUACCCUGGGUGAAACUGAGUAUCUCCUCAUAUUGAAUCAGGAGAAUUUUCUUACAAUCCACGGAAAUACUCCUUCGCUAGCGUUGGUGUACUUGACCAAGCCCGGACAAGUCAUUUCCAGGGCAUCACUUCGCGAAUUUCGCGCGACUAAACUUGAGCGAGAUGACGUUAUUCAUUCUGCAUUUUACUCUAAUUUUGUGUUCUAUGGGAGCAAGCAAGAAGACUUGCGAUUAGAAUCUGAUGUCAUCGAAGAAUUAGUUGAAUGGGAUACAAAAUCAUGGACAUUUGUCGAGGGUACUCCAUCUUCCACGGUCGCUGCUGGCCCUUAUGUUUCUGCAAAGGGGCGGACUUGGCAGCCAUGGAGAAUCUAUCAUGAUUUUAAUGCCACAUUCAUGUUGAAACUUGAUUCUCCCCAGGCUGGUAUACAUGGCCGAGUCGUAGUACCAUCUCGCUGCUAUUACCAACCAUCAAAGAUGCGUCCACUUGAUGGAGCAAGGAUCGUGGUUAAAGACAAUAUGGACGUUGCCGGCCACAAGACGACCUUGUGCAAUCGUUCGUGGGACGCACUUUACCCGCCCGCUUCCAAAAAUGCAGCUUGCAUUCAAGUUCUUCUAGAUGCAGGAGCUAUAAUUCUCGGCAAGACAAAGCUCGAGGCGAUGGUUAUGGACGAAGAGCCGCUGGAAUGCGUCGAAUUUACUGCCCCUUUCAAUCCUCGAGGUGAUGGGUAUCAGAACCCUUCUGGAAGCAGUAGUGGUAGUGCGGCUGGUAUAGGUUCAUAUGACUGGCUCGAUUUCUCCCUUGGUUCAGACACUAAUGGAAGUGGCCGUAAACCUGCGGACUACAACGGAGUCUUUUCAAUUCGCCCUUCAACAGGAAUCAUGGAUACCGAUGGAGUGGUCGGUCACUUCCCCAAGUUUGAUAUGCCGGUAUUCUUCGGCAGGGAUAUUGCAAGAUUUUCCGAUUUCAUUUCGGUGUGGUAUGGAGCCUCUCCAAUGCUUCGUACCCCUUCCAAGACCCAGGUGAACAUCCUGUACCCCUCGGAUUAUCUUCCGACUACAAAUCCAUCCCAGUCUCAGGUUAUCGACAACUUCGUCAAAGGUCUUGAAUCUGCCCUGCAGGUUUCUCGAAUCAACAUUUCACUGGCCGAAGAGUGGAGAAGAGAUUGUCCUGACGGACUUCAAAACCCCGAUAUUGUUGAAUAUCUGAAGCUUGCUGGAGGUAUUCCAUUCUAUCAUGACGCAUACUAUGCCUUGGCCGACUUCAGAGACAAGUACAAGGAGAAAUUCGGCAAACCGCCCUUCGUGCAUCGAGCCGUUCAUCGUCAAUGGGAUGUCGCCAAACAGAUUACAAAAGAGGAGCGUGAUAAAUACUGGCGUCGCUCCGAGAUCUAUCGACACUGGCUUCUAGACAACAUUUUCAAAGCCAACGACGAGAACAGUGUGACGAUUAUGAUACUGCCAAUUGAGAAGGGGGAACCGAACUAUCGCGAUGCAGACCCUCCGCUCCAUCACAUAUUGCAUGGCUUUGACGCCUUAAAUAUGUCUCCAAUGAUGCGGGCGCCGGAACUCACUGCUAUUGUUGGUGAAAUUACGUACCACUCAAUUGUAACGGAGAGAGCUGAGCCACGGCCAAUUGGAGUCUCGGUCAUAGGAACGGAUCUCAUUCUUGCGGAUUUGGUAGAAAAAGGAAUGAAAGUCUUAGGGGGUUUUUGA